AGGUUACACCUUAUAACAAGGACUGACACGUUAAGCUUCAUAAUUCAUUCACAUUUUAUCUUCUCUUUCAAUACUAACUUUCUUCUCUCCAUAAAGUAACGUGCAGAUCUCACCCAGACACCCACCACCACCAUCAUCAUCAAUGGAGUGUUGAAAAUGUCGCAGUUAUUGGACAAAGCCAAAAACUAUGUUGCGGACAAAGUUGCCAACAUGCCCAAACCUGAGGCGAGUAUCACCGAUGUGGAUUUCAAGCGCGUGAGCCGCGAGUCCGUCGAGUACUUGGCCAAGGUCUCUGUUUCCAACCCUUAUUCCACCUCAAUUCCCAUCUGUGAGAUCAAGUACUCUCUCAAAAGUGCUGGCAGGGAGAUAGCAUCAGGGACAAUACCAGACCCAGGGUCGUUGAAGGCAAGCGACACAACAAUGCUUGAUGUGCCGGUGAAGGUGCCUCAUAGCAUAUUGUUGAGCUUGGCAAAGGACAUUGGUGCAGAUUGGGACAUAGACUAUCAAUUGGAUCUUGGCCUAGUCAUUGACCUUCCUGUCAUUGGCAACUUCACCAUUCCUCUUUCUCAAAAGGGGGAGAUCAAGCUCCCAACCCUCUCUGACAUGUUUGCCUAGCUCAACACAAAGGCUUAGAACAAGAAAAUAAAA